AUGUCGCGGACGGACGUGGGCCCUUCACCUCUGUCACCCUUUUCUAUGAGCAGCAACGCCUCGGACUCCGUUGUUGGACGAUACGCCGGCGGAAGCAUCAGUCACCCCGCGGGGACGCCCAACGACGUGCCAUAUAGUGGUGGACCGUAUGGCGCCGCGAGACCAACCGGGAGCUCACCACCAUCCUCGCAACACCCCAGCGGCUCGACCGAUCUGUCGCGACCCUCGAUGGUCGGCAGCAGCGUGAAUGGCAACCGACCGCCUUCGACCGCCUCUUCCGUCGGCAUGUCGAACGAUGGUCGCAUGGGCUUUGGGAGGCCACCGCCGGGGAAUCGCGACAGCGGGAGGAGUACUUACAACCCAGAUGGCGAAGAAGCCUUGUCAAGACACUACGCUGCGUUGAAGAACCACCUGGCGAAACACCUGCAAGAUGAGACGGGCAACAUCAGACCUAACAGGGCGCGAGACAAGCUGUUGCGGCUGUCUGUCACGCAGUUCAUGGAGCUCAGUACAGAUGUGUACGACGAGCUGAUCCGCAGAGAGGACGAGCGAAUGCAGCGAGUGGACAGUGUCCCACGAUUUCUCCCCCCGAAGCAGAACUUCCACCCCAAACGGAAUCAAGCACGGCAAAAGCUGUCCACUUUGCCCCUCGAGCGCUUUCGGCAGCUCGCGACAGACGUCUUCUACGAACUUGAGCGGAGGAUACCUCGAUUUGCUGGCGGCAACAUAAGUCGACCUAGGAGCACGACCAGUAACGCUAGCAGCCGCAGUCAAGUGCCGAGUCAAGGUGGUCCGCGGCCGCCUCCUGGACAAUACCGCUACCCUCCACCGGGAGGUCGAGGUCGUGGCUAUCCACCUCCUAGUCCUUAUGGUCCAGGUCCGGGUGGCAUGAUGUCGCCAGGUCCUCGAAGACCCAGCGAAGCAGGAUCACUCGGUCGGCCACUUCCGAAACAUUUUCAGAGCAGUACUAUCAUCCCGAACAAGAGCAUCAUGGUCGAAGACGAUGAGGUGGAAGACGAUGAAGAUGCAUUUGGCCUGGAUCACAUCUCGAAUGGCAUCAGCCAGCGACCAGAUACAGGGUCAGCUGAGGACAGGGAGAAGAUUCAGGCUCAAGAGAUGGAGAUAUCCGAACUGAAGGAAAAGCUCGCGAGCCUAGAAACACAAAAAGGUUCAUCAGAAGAAGAGCGUACAGCCUGGACGACUCUGCGGGAGGAGCUUGAGCAGAAGAAUGUGGACGCUACAACUUUGGUCGACAGUCUACAGCAAGAGCUGGCCUCGUUCAGGUCCAAGUCGGAAGAUGAUGAUGAGAUUCGCGAACAACAUAAUCGUAAUAUGCAAGCACUGCAAGAUCAGCUCGAGGAAAUGCAUGAGCGCCGAGAGGAGCUUGAGCAGAUGCUGCAAACGCACCAGGAAGAGAAUGACAACCUCCGCGAUCAGCUUACCCACGUACCUCAGCACGACGACGAUCUCAAGCUGCUGCAAGUACAAAUCGAGACACACCAAGCGGAGAGUGAAGGACUGAAACGACAGCUGCAAGCCCGCAAAGAUUCCAUGCCUUCGGCAGAUCACGAACAGCGGAUACACGAGCUGGAGGAAGAGCUUAGCAGGCAAGAGAAGAUAUCUAAUGAAGUCCGCGAAGAGGCUAUGACCUACCUCCGAGAAAUGCGCGAGCUCAGCAGGCGGAACGAUGUAGCAAUCGAGCAAGAAGAGAAGAUGGCAGCCAAGAUCUCGCAACUGGAGAAGGACAAUGAUGCAUGGCGACAACGUUAUGCUAAGAUCAAGGCACAGAACAAGUCGCUACGAGCAUCCACGAUGGGUCUUGGUCUCCAGACCGGUCUUGAUACUGGAAGUCUGGUACGACAGGAAGGCUUGAUCUCGGAAGGCGGUCUGGUACGAGAUACGGAUGUCACCCGCUUCCAGCUAUCUGUCGACGACCUGCUGAAGACCGCACGACAGCAAAGCACAGAAGCCAUGCUGGAAAGUGUCAAGGCUGUAGUCGUCAGCGUACAGUCGAUAACUUCAGCUGUGCGCACAGAUGGCUACCCGUCGCCAGCGCCGUCACCAUCAAGUCCCGAGACGAACAUGCAGCAAGUACCAAGUGUCGGCAAGCUGAAAGCUAGAGUGACUGGCACAGCCAACAGCCUCAUCACUGCGACAAAGCAGCACGCCGCUUCGCAUGGUCUGUCGCCUGUCGCCCUACUUGACGCCGCUGCCAGCAACCUCACCGCCUCCAUGGUGGAGCUCAUCAAAGCCGCGAAGAUCAGACCCUCGAACAAGUCCGAAUUGGCGGAUCUCGACGCUGUUGAUGAGCUAGGUGCUUGCUACGAUGACAGUCUCUCGCCGACUGGAGGUGCGGGCCCGCUUAGUCUGCAGGUCCCAACAAUUGCCACGGCGACGACUACAACAUCGACCGAGAAGACACUCCCCCAACCACCCCAAGCUGAAGCAAAGAAAGGCACCGGCGGCUGGUUUGGCUGGGCAGGCAAAUGGAACGAUGACCGCUCAGACGACAGCAGCGAUAACGCAAAGGCAGGGCAGCAGACUCAGACACCAACCUCAGCAGCUGCGAAAACGAAUGGCGAGCACGUCCGUGUCCAGCCUCCGGGCCGUGCGUCCACGACCUACACGGACGACAGCGACGGCGAAUACGAUCCAUACCGGUAG